AUGCUGUCCCUGAGCUGUGCUGACCCCUGGCCGGAGGGCUCCGUGGGGCUGGAGGAGGAGGUGGUCACCGCCGCUGCUCAGGCGGAGGAGCGGGACUCCACCAGCGGCUCCUUGUGCCUGGACGACAGCCUGACCAGCCUCCAGUGGCUGCAGGAGUUCUCCAUCCUCGGAGCCAGCGUCCCGCAGCAGAGCCACCACCAGACCGGCCUGUUCGGACCCCCGCCGCCGGGGGCCGACGCCCCGUCCUCCCCUCUGGCCGGGGACCCCGCUUCCCUCGGGACGCCCCUGACCCCGGGCAGGCCCACGGCGGCGGCGCACAGCAGGAGGUCGCUCCUCCCCGGGAUCGUGGCGCACGGACACUGUCCGGACGAGGUGGACUACAAGAGCGACGCGCACAUCAAGCCUCCGUACUCCUACGCGACCCUCAUCUGCAUGGCCAUGCAGGCGAGCAAGAAGAGCAAGAUCACCCUGUCCUGCAUCUACCAGUGGAUCACCGACAACUUCUGCUACUACCGACACGCGGACCCCACCUGGCAGAACUCCAUCCGUCACAACCUGUCCCUCAACAAGUGCUUCAUCAAGGUGCCGCGGCAGAAGGACGAGCCGGGGAAGGGGGGGUUCUGGAAGAUCGACCCCCAGUACGCCGAGCGCCUCCUGAGCGGCGCCUACAAGAAGAGACGGAUGCCCCCGGUCCAGAUCAACCCAGCGUUCCAGAGCCGGCUCCGGGUCGAGCUCCAGCCCCCGUCCAGAGGCGCCGCAGGUCUGGGCAUCAACCCAGAGUCGCAGCGCCUCCUCCGGGAGUUUGAAGAGGAAACUGGAGCUGACCAGAACUGGGACCCGCAUCUGGCUGAGGGCACCAUGCUGGGCUCCUGGCCGGUGGUCAGAGGCAGAGGUGGGGCCAAGAGGAGACAGUCAAUGGGUUCCAGAAGCGGUGGAACCAAAGUCCUCCGGCGCUCCAGCUCCCCCCUGCUCUCCAUGGACGAACAGAAGGAGAUCGGACCUCUGAAGGGGGACUUCGACUGGGACGCCCUGCUGGACUCCGCCCUCAAUGGGGAGCUGAGUUUGGACGGAGGAGAACAUCUGAGCCCCAUCAUGAAAGAGGAGGACUUGACUGUGCGAGGGACCCACAUCUCCCCGGUCAGUGCCCCCCCGGCAGGGACAGCCGACGUCCACGUGCUGGGGGAGACCCAGAGGAGGAACGACUUCGAGGAGGAGACCUUCCUCGCCGCGGCCUUCCUGGAGAACCCCUGGCCCGAAGAAGAGGAUCAGAGCCGCAGUGACUUCCUGUGUAGCUCCAGCGUCAACCUGGACCAGCUGUUUGACCUCGGGGACUCGUUGGACCCCAGCAGCCGGAUUGACGCCCUCCUUUGAGGAAUAGCUGCUUUCACUCUAAAGACCCUUUGCUCUGCUUUUGUGGAAUAAGAGACGAUUUUUUUACGCUCAUGAAGCUCAUGUUGCCUUUGUCACGUUAAACGUAUUUUUAGAUUCAAGUUUUGAUGCUGAUUCAAUCAACCAGACGCCACAAUGUGCCGCAGCAUCAACACGGGGAAAACAAAACUGUGGGAAAUCACUUUUUAUGAACCAGGAAAUGACUUCAGACGAACAGAAACUGGUUCUCAAAUGAAAUGAAUCCGUGAAGUGCGCCCCCUGCUGGCUUCAUUUUACUCUCAGGAUUUUACAUCAGUUAUUUCAAUAAUGCGUGAGAGGAAAACUCUGCGAGCUAACAAGUUUGCUAACUGUCUAUUAGCAUCGUGCACGUAACACUAACGCAGCGCCGCAACUCAGCGUCACUGCCAAUUCUACCCUGUGGCCAACUGAGGUACUACAACACAGUAACAAAGCAUUUCCCCCAAAGAGACGUGAUUAAAAAGCUCGAAGUCGAAUUAUUACAACAAUACGAUUCAACUAUUCAUCGUUAUUGCUCUUAUGCAUUUCAACUUGAAGGUUUUACAUUUGUCUACAGGUUCGUGGCCCAGAGAGAAAGUGUGUGAUGUCAUGUGACCAGCUGAAGAAACAAUAAUAAAUAACUUUCUCAUAGAACUGAAAACACAAAUUUCAUUAAGGGAACGUUUUGAAAUCUGGUUCCAGUUUGUAUAAUACGAACAUUCUCACGAAUAACAAAGUCACUUGACAAGCCUGUUAGCUCGCUGGACGUCCCCAUGUGAGGACAUGGAGACGUCCUGACUGAAAAUCUGUGGUUAUCCUCAGCGGACACGUCGCUAAUAAUAUUAUUAAUUUGUAAUAAUCAUAAUUCAUGUAACAUCCUUUAAACCAUAACUAUGAGAAGCAGAGUGUGUACAAAAUUAUGCUCAUGUCUUUGAAUUCCAAGUCAGAGAAAUCCAGGACAUCUCCUGUUCAGUAAAAAACUACAGACGCACAAACUCAACAAAUCAAACCCUAAAUUUGUGAUUCUCAGUCAAUUGGAGCAAAACACUGUUUGUAUCUGAAUUCACUUUGUGACAAACAGUUUUUUUCGGUUCUUCGUUUUCUGCCGACGCUCUACGAACAUUACGUCGUCCUCCGGUUUGACUCUUUCAGCUGCUUUCACUUAAAUGUCGUCAACGCACAAACUCACACGUCAGAUUUCACCAAACAUUUGAUCAGACAAACUUUGAGUCGGCCGAUCGGGUCGAUCCAUUUGAAUCGUGAGAUUUCAACACAGAGUUCUGUCAUGAACUUGAGAUGGUUGAACUCUGUGUAGACGUCAUGAAAUCGAGUUGUGUUGUUGUCGGACUCGACUCGAGCAGUAAACAGGAAGCAGAGAGAUCAGAAUGGAGAUCACAGCUCUUUUCAUUCUAAGAUUCACUCAGUGAGUUUCACCAGAAGCUUUUAUCAGCAGAGAUUCACGGAGGUUCAGUAAAACACCCGGAGGAAUCAGGAGAUAUUUGCCAAAUAAGGUUUGGUGUAGAAGUGAUUUACUCUAUUAGCUCUAGGUCUAUUUUGUGUGUGGGGUUUUCUGGUACUAACUAUUCUCUGUAGACAUUUUCUAAAUAAAUAGGGACCAGUAGAUUAACACUAGUUUUGCAGGAUACACGUUUUGUUCAAGAGGAAAUGAAGCAGAUCAUUUAGUUUAGUUUCAUAUCGGACGGAGAACUUUCCUGUAGAAGUGAAGAAACUACUUUCUUUGACUUUCUUUGACUUUCCAUCAGAACAGUAGAUUUAAAUAGUCGAGGAAACACCUGAGCUUCACGUCUUCACAGUUCAAAUGGACUCAAAACGGCUUCAGGCGAACUUCUUUAACGAAGACCCAUUAGGAGGUUCAAAUGCUGGUGAAUGAAUACCUGACCUUCUCGGUGCCAAGAACCACAGUUGGGACGCGACCGGGCGGCAGCGUUAAGAGCCUGUGUUUUUUAUUAGGAGCAGGAAGUGUGUGUGUUUUGUACUGGUGUGUGUGAGGAGGUCGAGCGUGGUCAGUAAAUCCCAACAAUAAAAGCCCUGAUGCAUCUUGGACGUGUUUCAUGUGACUCCAUUUUGAAACAAGUCUUGACUUGAGACCAGUUUCUGUUUGGUUGAUUAGCUCUUCUCGAUCAAAUAACAUUUAUAAACCACAAUAAAUGCAUCUUACCUC